AUGGUCCGAACGAAAGAAAGAUAUCUUUUGGUGAAUAUCCUCUACCCUCCAGACUCGUCGAGGCCUACACCCGCCAAGAUUCCCGGAUAUGUCGCGCUCCAUCGUCCCACCGUGGACAAUCUUACCGCGCAGGCCCUCGCGCGCGGCAUUAAGAUCGCCGUGACCUCUUUAUUCGGGGACUAUGGUUCCGGAGUCGUAGAGAGUAACUUAUCAGUGAAAUAUCUCUCCCGCGCUACGUCCACCUUUAUCGUCAAGACGUCACGCUCCCAGUACCGGAUGGUCUGGGCUGCCCUGACCCUUAUGGACCAAAUUCCCGUAUCCGACGGCUCCAGCUGCAUCUUUAGGGUAGUUCGUGUCAGCGGCACUAUUCGCAAGGCGGAGCAGGAGGCUAUCCGGCGCGCAAGGCAGCUGAUAUUAGCUGCCAAGGCUGAUUCCGAAUCGGGCUCACUAUCCUCCGUGUUCGGCCAGCCAGGGAACUCUGAGACCGUGGACCUGAUGGACGAUGUUAUGGAUGAGUCCUCAAGUGAUUCUGGGGGCGACGGUGACUGA